CCAAUCUGUGUUUGUCUUUGCUUGCCCCCCUUCUCCCCCCUCAUCUCCCCCCUUUUCUUGUUCCUGUGCCUGUGCAUUGGCUGGCGAUGGGGUCCACUUCUCCUUCAGGCCUGGAGCUCACCAUGGCUGUCCCGGGCCUCAGCUCCUCCUCUGGCUCAGAGGGGUUUGGAUGCAACAACAACAACGGGAGCGGGAACGGGAACAACAUGAGGGACCUGGACAUGAACCAGCCGGCGAGCGGCGGCGAGGAGGAGGAGUUCCCAAUGGGGAGCGUGGAGGAGGAGGAGGACGAGCGCGGCGGCGCCGGCGGGCCGCACCGCGCCAAGAAGCUCCGGCUGUCCAAGGAGCAGUCCCGCCUCCUGGAGGAGAGCUUCCGCCUCAACCACACCCUCACACCGAAGCAAAAGGAGGCCUUGGCUGUCAAGCUCAAGCUGCGGCCCAGGCAGGUGGAGGUCUGGUUCCAGAACCGCAGGGCUAGGACGAAGCUUAAGCAGACGGAGCUGGAGUGCGAGUACCUGAAGCGCUGCUUCGGCUCGCUGACCGAGGAGAACCGGCGGCUGCAGCGGGAGGUGGAGGAGCUGCGCGCGAUGCGGGUGGCCCCGCCCACCGUGCUCUCCCCGCACACCCGGCAGCCGCUCCCGGCGUCCGCGCUCACCAUGUGCCCGCGCUGCGAGCGCAUCACCGCCGCAACGGCCGCGCGCACCCCACGCCCGCCGCCCGCCGCGAGCCCCUUCCACCCGCGCCGCCCGUCCGCGGCGUUUUAGCCUAGUCCCACCGCAUGCGACUCCGGCCGGUAGGGGAAGGAGCCGAGAGAGUUUGGUUGUUAGGGCCAGGGGGGCAAAGUGGUUGUGCUGUGUAAAUUUGAUGAUGGAUGGAGAAAACCAGCGCGGGCCCGUGUAGCUUUUUAGGUGUAGGUGUAGGGUUUGGACCUUGGAGUCCCUUCGCGUCAACGUCCCCGUGUUCCGUUCCAUGCCGUGCAUGGCUGAUGGAUCAAAAGUUUGUACUAGCUUCC